UGCCUUUGUGUUGAAGACUCACUGAGCUGUUUAUCGAUAUGAACCGAGGACUGUUUAUUUGUUUACGUGGCAAAGACGAGCUGAGAAAACCGCAUCAGUUUGUUCGAUACAGAAGCAUUCGGCAGUAUAUGAAAAGUAAAUCAGAAAAUGAAAUAAAGCGGUUUAUUGAAGAAAACACUGAGAUAGUCAAAGGCCAGAGUUUAACACCCGAGAUCUCUUUAAGACUCUUUACAGUGAAAUGUCGCUUCUGGACGGAGAGACCAGAGUUCUGGCCAUUUCCUGAUCCAUUCUGGGCUAUAUACUGGCCUGGGGGGCAGGCACUGACCAGGUAUCUUCUAAAUAAUCCAGAGCUGUCAGUAGGUAGAAGAGUGCUGGAUCUUGGAUGUGGCUGUGGUGCAUCUGCUAUUGCUGCUAAACUCAGUGGGGCUGCUCAUGUGGUGGCCAAUGACAUUGAUCCAAUUGCUGCUAUUGCCACAAAGAUGAACUGUGAGCUGAAUGGUUUAGAGCCCUUGCCUUGUGUGACUGAGAACCUGAUCAGUUCAGAACCUGAGAACUGGGACCUCAUCCUGUUGGGAGACAUGUUCUAUGAUGAGACUCUUACAGACAGCUUACAUAAGUGGCUCUACAAAUGUGUUAAGCUUUACAGAACACAGAUCUUUAUUGGAGACCCAGGACGUGCUCAGUUUGAGAGUUGUGACAUCAAGACACUGUUGUAUGAACAGGCUCGGUUUGAGUUACCUGACUCAGUUCGAGAGGAAAAUUAUGGACUGACAAGUAGCACAGUGUGGUGCUACAGACCUGAAUACUAAGAUACUUUUUCUC